AAAACUGCUCACUCUAGUGCAAGAUUUUUCAGAAACCAUGUCGGAAACCGUCAAAUACGACUGGUUAUCAAUCAUCAAAAUAAACAUCUGGAACUUCAAAUUAGUGGGCUUAUGGCCCGGCGACGAAGGGUACAAACUCGACUUUUACCUCCUGCGCAGCUCCAUCAUAGUGUUUGUUUUCGCCUUCAUCCUAACUGGGGGUCAAACCUUGAAGCUUAUGAACCACAUGACCGACCUCGAAGUGGUAGCAAGAACAGCAUACAUGAUAAUUUCCUUCUGGCUGAUGUUCGCGAAGAUGUACUCCAUCGCUCGCAACAUCCAACCCCUUAGAAAGCUCCUGAGAAGCCUAAAUGACGACAUUUUUCAAGUUCGCACCCAAGAGCAAAUUGACAAUAUAUCUCCCAGUAUUAGGAUAUGGAACAUCACGUACAUUUUAAUCACCGCAUGUAUCGCUUCUUCUGUAACCUUCUGGGCUAUUUUCUCGUUCAGCAACCGCAGAUUGCCCUUCACUUCUUGGUAUCCUUACAACACUACGGUUUCACCUAUGUAUGAAGUAACUUGUAUUCACCAGCUUGCAAGCCUUUUUUUUCAAGCCUACGUCGUGGAUAUUAAUAUGGACACGUUUAUAGCUGCUUUUAGUCUAUAUGCGGCAGUUCAGUUUGAUAUUUUGUGUGAUAAUGUGAAAAGAUUAAAGCCCGAAGGAUUCAGAGAGGGUUUGAUUUCCUGUGUGAAGCAUCACCGGGCAAUUGUGAAGUAUGUAACUGCAGGAUUUACGAUGAUAAUUGUUCUAACAAAUUAG